AAUCCUCGGCAGAUUUCGUUCCUGUUCAUUCUCAUCAGUGGAGCUUCAUGGACGGGCAGGAAUGGCUGGAUCACGGAGACUUGUUCAUUUGUUCACGGCUUUAUGCGUGUUUCUGUGCUGCAGCGCUUCGGUGGACGGAGGAAAGAGAGGAAACUCGGAAAAAUGCAUCUACAAGGGAACGCAGUCGUCCAGCGCCGAUGAGAGCGGUCGCAAACUCGCAGUCACGUUUCGAAACGACAAUUGCUCUCUCAACUGGAAUCUGCUGGGGAAACACGCCAUCCAUGAAGUGAACAACAUCACCUACAGUCACUUGUCAUGUGACAGCCAGGCGGCUGUGGUGGUCCACUGGAUGGCCAGUCCUCUCGGUAUUGAACACGUGAAAGGAUUCAGAGUGUAUCUGGAGGACAAGAAUCCUGAGGGAAAACAGUGCCAGCACAUGAUCCUAAAGGAUCCCCGGCAGCUUAACUUCUCUUACAAAACCAUUAGGAUGAGCUCACAGCCCUUCGCCGGUCUGGCUUUCGAGGCCGACUACAUGGUCAGGAUCGUGCCGUUUCCCACGUUCCUGAACGACAGCUUCUUUCCACCGUCUUUUCUGCGCACUAACACUUGUGAAGUGCUUCUUGGCCCGGAUAACCUCGUCUGCAAACCAUUUUGGAAGCCCAAGAUGCUGAAUGUUUCUCAACUGGGAUCUAAUUUGCAUGUUGUGUUUGACCACGCCCCUUCCACAUUCGGCUUCUCCAUCUACUACCUGUAUUACAAGCUCAGGCAGGAGGGGCCCUUCAGACUCAAGCGCUGCAAACCUGAGCAAAAUGGCUUCAAAACAACAUGUGUUUUACAAGACGUCACUCCAGGAACGUAUGCAAUAGAGCUUCGUGAUGACAACAACACCACCAGAAGACAGACGCAGUAUCAUGUGAGCCAAGUGCAUUCCCCUUGGGCCGGCCCGAUCCGAGCCAUGGCCAUCACCGUCCCGCUGGUCAUCAUGUCGGCCUUCGCCACCCUCUUCACCGUCAUGUGUCGCAAGAAACAGCAAGAAAACAUCUACUCGCACCUGGACGAGGAGAGCUCUGAGUCGUCGUCUCUGACCACAGCGCUGAACGCAGACCGGCCCGGGCCCAGACCCAAGAUCUUCAUCUGUUACUCCAGCAGAGACUGUCCCAAACAUCUCGCUGUCAUCCAGAGCUUUGCCUUCUUCCUGCAGGACUUCUGCGGGUGUGAGGUGUCUCUGGAUCUGUGGGAGCACCUGGAGAUCUGUAAGGAGGGUCAGAUGGCGUGGCUGAGCCGGCGUAUCGACGAGGCUCACUUCAUCAUCACCGUCUGCUCCAAAGGCCUGAAGCAUUUCGUGGAGAAAAGACACCGUAAGGGCAAGGCCACGUCGAAGGAGAACAACCGAGAGCCGAGCGCUAGCGGAGACGCCGGGAACAGCCGGGAUCUGUUCAUCGUAGCCACGGCCAUAAUCUCCGAGAAGAUCAGAGAUGUGCAUCAGAAGUCCUCCGAUCUCUCGCGCUUCAUGGCGGUUUACUUCGACUACUCUCACGAGAGCGACGUGCCGACGUCCCUCAGCCUGGCGCCGAAGUUAAAACUAAUGGAUCAGCUUCCUCAACUCUUCGCCCGGCUUCAUUCCCGCCAGCUUAGCCUGACGGACCACGAGCCGCAGCCGCCGAACAUCAGCAAACGCAACUACUUCCGGAGCAAAUCGGGCCGCUCGCUAUACGUGGCCAUCUGUAACAUGCACCAGCACAUCGAUCAGGAGCCCGACUGGUUCGAGAAGCAGCUCAUGCCGGCGCCGGCGCCCAAUAAACGUCCCGUUCCACUUCCCGAAUCCGGGCUGGUCCUGAACGAGGUGAAACUGAAACACCCUUCGGAGAGCGACUGCCCGGUGAGGAUCCUCUCGCUGAGUUUGUCCCGGGAUGAGCUCGGGGAAGGAUCAUCGGGUCAGGACGUGGGUUUAUCCGGGCCGGUUCCGGUUCUUCACAUGGAUGGAUCCGCCAGUCCACCGGAGAUGCCCAGAGACUCCGGGAUCUAUGAUUCAUCCGUGCCCUCGUCCGAACUCUCCAUCCCGCUGAUGGAGGGACUCUCGCCGGAUCACGCCGACACCUCGUCUCUGGCCGAUAGCGUGUCCUCCUCCUCCGGACUUGGCGACGAGGAGCCCCCUGCUGUCAGCUCUCUGCACUGCUCAGGACACACCAUCUGUAAGGCAGAGCUCCAUCACAACAUCCAUCAUCACAGUGAAGGACUCAUAACCACAGCCUCCACCUAGUGGCCUUUCACUGAACUUGCAUCGCCACUUUAAUUCUAUUCAUGCCAAGCUGCCAACGUCACAUCACAAGCCCUUCAUCAG